UCACAUAGCCCGGCCGGUGUCCGGCAUCGGUGGAGCUCGGUGGAUUUUUGAGGUGUCGCCGAGCUCCCCUCAUCGGUGGCAUAGCUCGGUGACGUGACCGGGCUCCGUCCGGAAAUCUACAGGCGACCGACCAAACACCGGCCGAUGACCGUCCGGAGUCUGUCUCAAAAGUGGAGAUUUUUUUCGGCCGAUGUGGCAGCAACUACCGGCCGAUGUCCGGCCGAUGGUCGGCCGGACAUCGGGGGGUAUACGGCCGGUACCCGAGCAGGUUAAAGGACACCGUGCGAUCACCGGCCGGGUUGUUAACGGGCUUCGAACACUGCCCGGCCGAUGUUCGGCCGGUGUACCUCGGACUUGGGGGGCCGAUGGUCAGCUAUUCCAUACCUGUAUAUAUAUGUCCACCCUACCUGGAAUGGUCAGUUCAUCACUAUGGCUGCACCGAGAAGACUACGAAUGGCGUUGUUAGAACACGAGCUAGCUCAGGCGAGGUUCCAGUACAACUUGGUCCUGGCAGCACUGCUCGAAGAAGCCGAGAGGGAGCGACAGAGGGCCGGCAGAAGAAUAAGACGUUGGUGGGUGCGCGAGUGGAUCCUACGCAGACCUCGUUUCGGCCAGUAUGAGACGCUCAUGAGGGAACUCGAGGCCGAGCACGCUGCCGACUUCAAAUCCUACCUCCGCAUGGUGCCACAGAUGUUCUAUGAGUUGCUUGACCGAGUUGGCCCCCGCAUUGCCAAGACCACAACGCAUCGAACCCCCCUUGGAUCCUGGGCUGAAGCUGGCGAUCACCUUGAGGUUCUUGGCGACCGGAAGCAGCUAUCAUGA